AUGCCGGCCGAGAACAUUUAUCCCGCUAGCAAUGGGCGAUUCGCCGCUCCCCCUCCGCGCGAGAGGUCGAAUGCCCCGUCCACACCCUCUCGCAAGGAACGCCAAAGGGAGAGCGCCGCCAUGCAGGACCCUGGGCUCAAGGAUUAUCGCUUGGGCGAAUGCCUCGGAAAGGGAGCCUUUGGGUCGGUGUACAAGGCUUUCAACUGGGGUACCGGAGAGGCCGUGGCCAUUAAGCAAAUCAAGCUAACAGAUCUACCAAAGAGUGAGCAGCGGAUGAUAGAGAGCGAAAUUGACCUGCUCAAGAACCUUUUUCAUGAGAACAUUGUCAAGUAUAUCGGUUUCGUCAGGUCAACCGAAUGCCUCAACAUCAUCCUGGAAUACUGUGAGAAUGGCUCGCUCCAUUCAAUAUGUAGAGAAUAUGGCAAGUUUCCAGAAAACCUCGUCGGCGUCUACACCACCCAAGUUCUCCAAGGCCUUCAGUACCUUCACGACCAAGGUGUCAUCCAUCGCGACAUCAAGGGCGCCAACAUUCUCACCACGAAGGACGGGACAGUCAAGCUUGCCGACUUUGGUGUCUCGACCAGCACGCUUGCUGGUGGACAGGACAAGGAGGCGCAAGUCGUUGGCACUCCUUACUGGAUGGCCCCUGAGAUCAUCCAGCUGUCCGGCGCCAGCUCCGCCUCAGAUAUCUGGAGUGUUGGAUGUACCGUUAUCGAGCUUCUCCAGGGCAAGCCGCCAUAUCAUAAUCUGGCCGCCAUGCCGGCGUUAUUCGCCAUUGUCAACGAUGACCACCCUCCACUACCGGAAGGCAUCUCAGCUGCUGCCCGAGAUUUCCUCAUGCAGUGCUUUCAGAAGGACCCCAAUCUCAGAGUUUCAGCUCGAAAACUACUCAGGCAUGCCUGGAUUGUGGGGUGUCGCCGCACAGACGCGCCCGUCUCAAGGACGCCGGCCAACUUCGACGAUGCGGUUGAGGAGGUUAAGCAAUGGAACAAGGCCCUCAACUCCUCGGGGACUUCUCUCCGCACAUCUUUAGGCUCCGACGCCGUCUCUCGAAUCUCUAGCGGAACACCGUCUAAGGGACGGUUAGGUCUUGCCAAACCAAGGCUCAGCGCUGGUGCAGGUGCGGGAAUAGGUGCCUUCAAACUAGCUGAGCUAGAUGAUGAUAAUUGGGACGACGACUUUGCAACAGCAAUUUCUCCUAGUGCUUUGCAACUUCCACAUCUAAGACCGCAAGAUAAUUUUGGGGGGCUUCUCUCCGCUGACAAACUCAAGGCUUUUGCGUCAGUGAAUGAUCUCAGGGGCGAUGUGAACAACUACGAUAACGAUUUUGAAGGCGACAUGAUGACCAUUAAGGGGCCCAACAAUGAGCUCUACCAGGAAUCCCAAGAGCAGACAAUACGGCCGACCCUCAGUCAAGCAGUUACUUCGCCUAACUUGUCUCGGACCAAAUCGCCUCCAAAGCCGCACUUUGGGAACAAGUUCGAGUUGCCUCCUCGCCCUGGCGCUAUUUACCGAGAGCAGAGCUCUGAGGACUACUCGGAUCUCUUUUCUGAUGAUGAUAGUGUGUUUGACCAAAAGGUUCAUCAAGCCGUCCGAAAGGGCGGCCUGCGUCAACCUGAAGCGCCUCAGCUCUUCCACCCAUCAGACCUUACCAGCUUGCCUCGAUCAAUGCAGGCCCCUGACGGCAGCGUGGUAAGGAAAAAGGCACUAUCAAGGCCGUCAGUCCUUCCCGAUCGCCCCAUGAGACGUACUCGCUCUUCUAUCGAGAUUCAGAAAUUCGCCGAAGAUGAUGAUGAGGAUUUCUCCGACGUUUUCGGGCCGGAGGAAUCCAUAGCCGAAAGAGAAGAAAGUGAGCGAGGCUCAGAAGAAGCCGGUCUCAUGCUCCUGUCAAGAAUGUCAGGAAACUCUUGGUUAGGCGACGACGAUGACGAAGAUGACCCGUUUGCGUCCAUGGACCCAGGGUGGGACGAGAUGGAUAUGGAUGCGAAGAUUGCGCGAGACAGGCAUGCACGGCUUGCUGAAAAGAUAGAAGAACUAGUUGGUUCUCUAAAGAUGACUGAAGGCGAAGACAUAUUGGCGGAUCUCUCUGAACAUUUACUGGGAUUGUUAUGGGAAAACCCAGAAGCAAAAAACCUCAUCAUCAGUGCUCAUGGGCUGUUGCCUCUAUUGGAAAUUUUGGAGCCCUGUACGGUAAAGAGUAGACACCAUAUGAUUCUUCAGCUGCUUAAAGUCGUCAACGCGAUCAUUCUCGAUGACGUUGAAAUUCAAGAAAACCUGUGCUUCGUUGGAGGAAUACCCAUCAUCACCAAGUUUGCCGCGCGGCAAUAUUCUAAUGAGAUUCGCCUUGAGGCGGCCGCAUUCGUCCGCCAAAUGUACCAGACCUCGACUUUGACGCUACAAAUGUUUGUCUCAGCAGGUGGUCUGAACGUCCUCGUCGAAUUCUUGGACGAAGACUACGAUAGUUCUCGAGAUCUUGUGCUCAUCGGGGUAAAUGGUAUUUGGAACGUGUUUGAACUGCAGGGCCCGACUCCCAAGAACGACUUUUGCCGAAUUUUCUCAAGGAGUAAAAUCCUUUACCCGCUUGCGCUCGUUUUACAUCGUGUCCUUGAUGAAGAAGGGGAAGACGAGCUGAGUGAGCUCAUCGAGGGCCGCAUCGUCAACAUCUUUUACCUUUUUAGCCAAGCCGAGAACUAUGUCAAGGAAGUGGUGGCAGAUCGCCAGGUACUGAAGAGCGUCCUCAAAGAUCUCCGUCGAAUGACGCCGGCACAUCAGAUUACCAUGCUUAGAUUCAUCAAAAACCUGUCCAUGCUCUCAACAACCAUCGAAUCAUUGCAUUCUGCUGAUGCCAUCGACUUCCUCAUCGACUUGUUAAGUUACAGCAUGAAGAAAAAUCACCAACACCUCCGUGAGAUCUCUAAUCAGGUUCUCAAUACGAUGUUCAACCUCUGCCGGCUAAGCAAGGAGAGGCAGGAAGAUGCUGCCGUUGGAGGUAUCAUCCCGCUGUUGCUACGAAUCAUGAAGACUGACCGGCCGCCGAAAGAGUUUGCCCUGCCAAUCCUCUGCGACAUGGCUCACUCUGGAUCUAAGGGGCGAAGAUACCUUUGGCAGAACAAGGGUCUCGAUUUCUACGUGUCAUUACUGUCGGACCAGUACUGGCAAGUUACCGCGCUGGAUGCCAUUUUGGUCUGGCUCCAGGAGGAAACGGCCAAUGUGGAAAACCAUCUGAUGGACAACAACUUCUCGCGAGCCAUUGUCUCUUGCUUUGGUACCAACAGACUCAACGCGUUUGACUUUAAUCUUUUGGAGCCGCUGCUCAAGCUUCUUCGUCUAAGUCCAGGCUUGACAGCAUCACUAGCAAAGCCCGAGAUGUUUGCUGGCAUUACCCAGAGGUUAGGACACAAAAAGGCAGUAGUGCGGCUUAACUUGUUGAGGCUUGUGCGUGCCAUUAUGGACGUCUGCGACCCUGGAGUCCUCGGGAGCGGAGAUGGUGCCCGGACACUCAACAGCGCUCAGAUGCGAUCCCUCAUGGACUCGAUUCAGCUUCUGGCGGAGAAGGAUUCCGCUGUGCUCGUUCGCAAUCUUGCUUCGGAGCUUAUCAAGGCACAUUCUUCCCAACCGGCAUCGCCGGUCAUGAUGAGGCACGAAGGGAUGAUUUCUUCCACCCAGGUCAAUCUAUCAUCCUCAUCAAGACGCGGGUCAAGGCACAACACGAAUUACACGCCGCAAAGCCUACAGUCAUCCAUGUCUAUGCCUCAGACCCCAACGCAUAGGAGUAGAGGCAGUAGCAAUGCCUUUAUCGAAGUUGCUGCCAGUCCUCGCCGAUCAGGGGCGGCGCUAGACCGAGAGAAUGCCAUGUACCGGCCACAGAGCCGAGAAGGGCCCCCGCGGCGAGUGAGCAACGACUCCAACUCGAUGGCUAGCAGCAGCAGUGGCGGAGCCGGUGGCUACGGACUGAAGAGCCGAUUAACGCCGCGAACGCCCAUCACGUCGAGCAUACAGCAGCGGAGCAGCGCGGGUAUGCUGAGGGGAGAGUUCAUGGCUCCCAUGGUUGUUCGCAGCGAGAGCAAUCUUAGUAGCAAUGGAUCUCGGCCAAGUAGUAGCGCUAGUUCGGGCAUUGUUUCCACGCCGAAAGCGAGACACAAGACGUCGUCGUCGUCAAUUGACGUUAUGCGGCAGUCAAGCCGAUGA